AUGUCGGCUAUAAACAAGGAGCCAGAGUCUACUACGUUAAAUGAUUCGGUAACUCCAGACCUAACCCAAAUAAGUUUGGAGUCGAACCUUAAUCGAUUGUCAGUUGAAGCAUUAAAAUUUGUCUGUUGUGGUAUGGGCUUGUCAGAAACAGGCCAAAAACAGGAGAUCGUGUCCAGUGAUAGGGCACAAUGUCCAGUUCUGGAAGAAAAUUCUCUAGAUGCUUACAGCAAACAAGAUGCAGUAGAUCAGGACUUUUCACCAAAUAAGGCAUUAGCCUCAGGUGAUAUGAGCUACAUUCGUAUAGCAAGGCAGAUUGCUAUGGAAAGGGCCUAUAUUGUAAGGGUGACUGAUGAGAAUAGUUGGGAGCUUGCUGCAAAAAUGGUGAAUGUGGAUAGGUUGGAUUUAAUGACAGAGUUGUUCAAAAGUAAACAUGAAAGUGUUAGAUCAGCACUAGCUGCCAACACUAACCUUGCAAAUGGGUGGAAUCUCUAUAGUGCAAAUAGCUCAGAUGCAGUCGUAUAUCCAACCAACAGGUUUUCAGCCUAUAGCACAAAUGGCUCAGGUGCAGUCGUAUGCCCAAUCAAUGGGUUUUCAGCUACAGUACUUGGGUGUACAAAGUCUAGAGGGCAACAAGGUGUACCAGGAGUCAUCUCAUCACUGCUAACACAACUGCAAUCUUUUCAUCCAGCCCAUAGUGGUCUAGAAGGUUCGAUAGAAGCAAAGAAUAUAGAGGGAAUAGCACCUGACCGAAGAAUAGUUAACUAUACUCAGGAGUCUUUAAAGAAAGCAUUAGUAGAAUUAGAAGUUCACAUACGUGGUUGGAAAAGAGGAUUUCUUUGUUCCCAAAAAGCCUUAUGCGUUUGGUGA